CUUUCCCUCCAAUCCAUGCAUGCACGCACCGACCCGGUCAGUCGCAACUCCGCACUGUCUCCAGGCACCCAACGCGUCUUCCCUCUCGUUGGUCUCCACGAAGCCUCACAGAUUGAGCAUCUAGCAAUGACAAGGUCAGCACCGGCUGCCUCCACUCCGGCGCGGGCGGAGAAGGUGCUGCGGGGGAACCAGCUGAAGCAGCUCCGCGAGAUCUUCCGUCGGUUCGACAUGGACGGCGACGGCAGUCUGACACAGCUGGAGCUGGCGGCGCUGCUGCGCUCCCUGGGGCUGCGUCCCACGGGCGACGAGGUGCACGCGCUGCUGGCCGGCAUGGACGCGGACGGCAACGGCAAGGUGGAGUUCGACGAGCUGGCGGGCGCCAUCGCGCCCGUGCUCACCACGCAGACGCACCUCGUUGACCAGGCGCAGCUGCUGGAGGUGUUCCGCGCCUUCGAUCGCGACGGCAACGGGUACAUCUCCGCCGCCGAGCUGGCCCGGUCCAUGGCGCGCCUGGGCCAGCCGCUCACCUUCGAGGAGCUCACGCGGAUGAUGCGCGAUGCCGACGCGGAUGGCGACGGGGUCAUCAGCUUCCCGGAGUUCGCCGCCAUCAUGGCCAAGUCCGCGCUUGACUUCCUCGGCGUCUCCUGAACUGCACGCCGUGUGCGCGUCGCCCGCCCGCCGUUGAUUAGUCCUCCUUUUCUUACUUUUUAGGAUGGUCAGGUCGAUCAAUCUAGGAUGAUGGUUUCGAGUGAUUUGUUAACAUCCCUGAAUAGAUCUGUAAUGCACGGAUCGUGGCGAUAUAGAUCAUGCAACUCACGCAUGGUUGUUAACAUGAAAGUACAAAAUGUGUACAUAUUUUGAUAAAUUUGUUCACUGUUGCUUCGUUC